AUGGCUUUCAUGGGGAGUGGCCUCCGCAUACAGGGGGAUGACAACCUCCAGUCCAUGCUGGUAGGGACGGUGAUGAGAAAAAUCAAGUCUCGUACCUGGAAAAAGCAGCGCUACUUCAAGCUUCAGGAUGACUGCAUGACUAUCUGGUACAAGUCCAAGAAGGCUGGCAAAGCCCACUCCACAUUUUCAGUGAGCGAUGUGGAGGCAGUGCGAGAGGGCCACCAAUCUGAGGUGCUGCUUAGCAUUGCAGAUGAGUUCCCAGCUAAUCGUUGCUUCACGUUGGUCUUCCGUGGUCGCAGGGGCAACCUAGACUUGGUGGCUGAGUCUGCAGAGGAAGCACACACCUGGAUCAGCGGAAUGAAGAAGCUGAUUGAAAACCUGGAGAACAUGGGGGAGCGGGAGAAACUUGACCAAUGGAUUGGAGACUGGUUCAAGAAGGCAGACAAGAACAAUGAUGGCAGGAUGAACUUCAAGGAAGUGAGAGAUUUACUGAAGAUGAUGAAUGUGGAUAUGAAUGAGCACCACGCUCAUCGUCUGUUCACAAUGGCUGAUAAGUCCCAGACAGGUGCACUGGAAGAUGAUGAGUUCGUGCUAUUCUACAAGAUGCUGACCCAGCGGGAGGAUGUUCUGAGGGUUUUCCAGGAGUUCUCAGCUGAUGGCCAGAAGUUAUCUCAGAGUGACCUGCAGGACUUUCUGAAAGAAGAGCAGCUGGAGGGGGAAGACAUCCAGCAGCAUGCCAAGCAGCUCAUUGAGCGCUAUGAACCCUCUGACACAGCCAAGCUGCUGAAUGCCAUGACUUUUGACGGCUUCUUGAUGUACCUGGGCUCAGCCGAGGGCUCUAUCUUCAACCCACAGUGCCGGGCUGUCUACCAGGACUUGAGCCAGCCGCUGUGCCAUUACUUCAUUUCCUCUUCCCACAACACCUAUCUGAUGGAGGACCAGCUCAGAGGACAAAGCAGUGUUGAGGGAUACAUCAGGGCUCUAACUCGUGGCUGCCGGUGCGUAGAAGUAGAUUGCUGGGAUGGUGCCAAUGGAGAACCUAUUGUAUAUCAUGGACACACCUUCACCUCCAAGAUACUCUUCAAGGAUGUGGUCAAUGCAGUGGGCAACUAUGCCUUCAAGGUAUCGGAAUAUCCAGUCAUCCUGUCCAUCGAGAACCACUGCAGUGUGGAGCAACAGAGAGUCAUGGCCCAACACCUCAACCACAUCCUUGGUGACAAGUUGCUGAAAAGCACACUGGAUGGCCAUUCCCCCAUUAUGUUGCCGUCUCCUGAGGAUCUUAAAGGAAAAAUUCUGCUGAAGGCGAAGAAGAUCGGCGGUCUGGAGGAGAAUAUCAACGGGAUGGUGGAUGACUCUAUGACCACGGAGGUCAGCGAUGAAGAUGAGGGGGCUGAAAUAGAUGAUGACAACCUUCACCGUGAGAGCAUUAUCCGCAGAGUUAAGAAGUCAAAGCAGCGUCUGUCUAAGGAGUUGUCAGACUGUGUUGUCUACUGCAAAAGUGUCCACUUCAACAGCUUCAAGCACUCCCGCAUCCACUCCAAGUUCUACGAGGUGGCCUCCUUCACAGAGUCCAAAGCCCGCAAACAGCUGAGAGAGGCUGGGGCAGAAUUUGUUCACCAUAACUCCCGGCAGCUGACAAGGAUUUAUCCCAGUGGCUUCCGAACUGACUCCUCCAAUUUCAAUCCUCAGGAAAUGUGGAAUGCUGGGUGCCAAAUCGUUGCAUUGAAUUUCCAGACUGCAGGGGAAGGCAUGGAUCUCAAUGAUGGGCUGUUUAGUCAGAACGGUCGCUCUGGGUACAUCCUAAAACCGAGUUUCAUGAGAGAUGCAGAUCAAAAAUUUGAUCCAGAGACUCCACAGAAACAGGAUGGUCACCAGCCCUGCAUCCUCACCAUACAGGUGAUCAGUGGCCAGCAGUUCCCCAAAGUCAACAUCAAAGAGGGAUCUAUAGUGGAUCCUCUGGUCAGAGUGGAGAUCCAUGGAGUUCCUAUGGACCAGGCCAAGCAGGAGACCAGAUACAUAGAGAAUAAUGGUUUCAAUCCUGUGUGGUACGACACUCUGCGCUUCACUAUCCAUACUCCUGAGCUGGCCAUGGUGCGCUUUGUGGUGGAGGACUACGACAAGACGUCAAAAAAUGACUUUGUGGGGCAGUACACACUGCCACUCAGCUGCAUGCAGCAAGGUUAUCGUCACAUCCACCUUUUGUCCAAAGAUGGCACCAGUAUUCCUCCUUCCUCCUUAUUUGUCCACAUCAGGAUCACAGGACUGAAAUAA